UUUAUACUUAGGUUAAUUUCAGUCUGUCAGACACAAAAUGCUGCUUAGUGCAACCUUUCUCCUCCUUGGUCUGGCGUUCGGGAAACCAGUUAUACCAAGAGAUGAUACAAGCCCGACGCCUACGCCCACAGCUGCUACUGACGCAUGCGCCACCUCGUCUGUGAGCAGCCAGUGGCUAAGCACAUGUAACACCACGGUGUUUUGGCCAACCUCAACAGACUACUUCUACGGCCCGACCACAGGUCCUGGGGCAUCUGCUGUCAUCUGCAAUGCCCAAUGGGUCGAAUACAAUGGCCGAGCAGAUGGGCUUGGCUCACUGGGAGCAACUUCCACUUCGACCUCAUACUGGAUUUCUCCCACCAGCACUGGGGCGUGCAACACAGAUGUCCGGCGUGAGGGCCCAGGAGAUCCGCACACUGGCCCCGUCACCACACUCUGCGAUGGAAUCACCCGUGCUAUUGGCCCUCUGGAGUAUGUUACCGACUACUGGCCCGGCACAGGCCCUUGCAGUACAUCGAUGGUAACCGAGUCUGACACCACUCUGCUCUACCGGUCACCCUCCCCUGUUCCCACCUGUGAGCUGAAUACGCAGGAUUGCAUUCCCAUCUGGCAGACCUACAGCAGUCUUCGCUCCGUCUACCAUGAGUCAGUAACAACGGAAAUCCCAGGAGAUACAAACAGCCCCAUCAGUCCAAGCCAAUGCCCCACGACAAAAAGGAACUACACAGAGCAGGACCCCUGCACCAACUGCCAUUAUCUCCCAGACACAGCAACCCUCUUCUACUGGCCGGUGACCACUACUGGCGGUGAUCUCUGUAACCAGAAUGGAACCACCGUACCUGCCACUCCCACUGGAAACGGCCCCAACACUGCAGUUGUGAACGGCCAUACCUUCAUAUCCCCGAGUAUCUACGUAUCCUUCACCAGCAUCUACGCGAGGAGCAACCAGCGCGCGCACCCAGGUGGCUCCUGCGGCGGCGACUACGAGGACGUGAUUAUCUCUGUCAACCCAGAAGCCGUGACAUCCUACCGCAACCACAUAAAUGCGAAAUACCCAAGAAUCGGCACAGCCUACCCGUUCAACUUUGCCGAGUUCCAGCCGCAUGUCGUUGGGAACUAUUCCCUGCCGCUGAUCCCAUGGGACCAGUACUGCGAUGGAUCCCAAUGCAUCCAGGGCGGAAACGGCUGCAGCAUGAUCCGCAACGAUUACCUCCCCUGGAUGGAGAUCCCAGACGUGAUGACCCAGAUUGAUCCCCGGUGGACGGAAUGCCACCGCUCGUGGUACAUUCCGCCGGUCAGCUUGGUUCCGCUGAUCGGUGGGCUUGCGUCGCAACCUACCGGGGUGGCUGAAGCAGCUAAUCCUGGAGCUGGAGCUGAGUCGACACCUGCAGUGCCUCAGUCGGGCUGGCUGCUCCCACUCCGGAGGCUACUAGCAAUCGCCAUGGCCGGUGAUGCGUGCACAGGCGCAUGCAGAAUGCAGCAGACUGUUGAUUACGGCAAGGCUAAAGUUAAAUCACGUUCUGAGAAGUACUUAGAUACGGGAAGAACCAAUAAAAGUCGCACGCUUGAGAAUGGUUCCUGGUUUAAUACAGUAAUUAAGCUAAGCAGCAGUGCGAUCUAUGCUGACUGGGAAAUCGAGCAGGUAAUGCAGGACCAUUGGUUUGGAGACGUACCUAGUAAUCAAAAGUUGGAACAUAACCCUAAGACAUGAAGUAAAUGAGCGCUCCAAAUCCCGAUAUUUGCAUCACCGGAAUCAACAGUUCGUUCUUAUUAUCCACCACCUUCCUCAAACUUCAAGUGAGCAU